CAUCACUUCGUCAAGUCCUUUGACAAAUGCCGAGGAUAGCGUAGCCAAAGGCUGCAUAGACAUCCUCCAAUGCGACAUUCUCUUGCAUAGGCCCUUCAAGUCUCAGCAGGAGUAUGACGAGAUGGAAGCAUUGCUUCCGUUCUCUCGCUAUGUCUCCCAAUACUGGGGGACGCACAUCAAUACCUCGGUAGCAGACGAGAUCAAGGAAUUGGCAGCAAAGCUGCUGGAUGACCAGACUCUAAUGGCGACUCUGAGCCAGCUUCUCCACAUUAAUUCUCCAGCAGGCAAAUGGCAGUACAACCACUACCCCGCUGGGUUUGGCGGCGCGCACUUUGGCGCCUACUUCAACCUUACGGCCGCGUUCGAGAAGUGGCCCGACCCGAACGACUGGAAGGUUCCCAAGGAUAGCUGGGAUCGCACUCUCCUGCACCUUUCUUUGCUGUCUCCCGGUCAGUUUACGAGGCAUUCCAUCAUCGAGAGAGCCUCAAACACCGAGAUCGCAAUUCUCUUGACGGGUCGCGAGGUAGCCACAACAUCAUCCGAUGCAAUCUCCGUAGCGAAGACGAUGCCUGACGACGACAACAGGGAGGAAGAAGACGACGACAAGGAGGAGGAGGACAACAAUGAAGACGACAGCAAGGACGGGGAGGACGAUGACGGCAUGUUCACCCACGACCCCGUACGAGAAUUCCCUUGGUCGAAUUCCGAGGGCGACCCUACCCGCCUCAUGGCCAUUAUCUCCUCCAGCCGAGACGAGAUGGCCACAUCCGAUAAGGAUGGGACCACAACCCUCCACUAUGUUGCCUCUAGCUGGCCCGAACAGGGGUUCCUAGUGAUCUACGAAACCCUGUUCGACGUGAGCUUGUCCUCCCACUGGGGGAGCGAUCGAGACACGGAGGAUGGCUCCAACGACAGUAACUUGCUGCCACAACUGCUGGACGGCCGUGGCCGGACGAUCCUGGACUGCGCGUGCGAGAGGAACGUCGUAUUCGGCAGCGUGGUCCUAUACGCCGCCAACUGGUCGACGGAACAGAUCAACAGCGCCAUGGCAGCGGCAGCGUCUGGAGGUCACACUAUCAUGGUGACCGCCUUGCCUCAGGUGGCCGAGAAUCGCUCCGAGCCCAGUCACGGUCCGGACCUCGACCGAGCCUGCCUCGAGGCCGCCAGGCGGGGGUUCACCGACAUCGACGCCAAGGGGAUGACGCCGCUGCACUACGCCGCCUGUGGCGGCCACUUAGACACAGUGCGCUACCUCCUCCUCGAGGGCGCCGAUGCCAACCAACUCAACAACGCCGGACGGACUUCGCUCUUCUGCGCCACCGAGAACGGCAACGAUGGUAUCGUGACCCUUCUGGCAGAGAAGGGGGUGAGCGCGAAGGCGACCAACAGCGAGGGACACACGUCGCUACAGCUGGCCGCCAGGGAUGGUAACCUCGACGUGGUGCAGAAACUCCUGCACUUCGAGCCGGCGGACCGGCCGGCAGCGCGAGGCAGCAGCCCCACGCUGGCCAUGACACCGCUCCAUUUCGCAGCCCAGCGCGGACACAGCGAGAUUGUCCGGCUUCUCCUCAGGGACGCGGCCGCCGACGACGGCGACAGCAUCAGCCGGACACCGCUCUCGUACGCCUGCGAGGCUGGGAGAUUGUCAGCCGUUAAAACGCUCCUCGCGCGGAACGUGGAUGCCAGCAAGCCGGAGGUGGAUGUGAACAGCCGGGAUGGAAGCGGCCGCACCGCGCUCUCCUAUGCAGCUGCCGGGGGGUAUCUUGACGUCGUGCGGGCUCUCAUGGCACAGGACAAGGUGGACUCCAAUAUCCCGGACCAUGACGACAGAACGCCGCUCAUUCGCGCGGCGCAGCAAGGCCACGACAUGACGGCCAUAUUCAUGGCGAUAUCAAAUCUAGAUGCCGAGGAGGAGAAAGUUCCCAUCAUCACCGAGGUGCUAGCGCGGAUUACCGAGCCGCGGGCAUGGGGAAAGGUGGUAAGCCUGGACGCGGCAGAUGAUUGCGGUCGGACCGCCUUGUCUUACCUAGCAGAAGCCGGGAACGUCGAUGCGGUCAAGGUUCUAUGCUCCCUUGGGGCGCGGCUGGAACUUCGAGACAAGGAAGAUAAGACGACAAGAGCGAUGACGCUGCCGCAGCGCAACCCGAGGAUAAAGAAAGGGACAGCCAUGUGGAUCGCCCCCAUGGUGAAGAUGAAGGGAACGUCUCUGAAGGAUGAGAGACCCGCAACAUUGGGUGGAGUAAAUGGCAAAGAUGUGCUUGAAAAGAAACCGAACGCCUAUGAGGUGAAUGAAGCUGGGCGCUCCGUGAUGGCGACCAAGGUGGCCGUCCUGGGCUUGGAUCGGCCACGCAGUGGGCAUCCUCGUUACUAUUGUCCCACCUGUUGUUAUCCCAUAUGCACUCCCAAUCUGUAUCCCAAUGGUUGA